ACAAAAACCCCAAUUCUCCCUUCUCCCCCUCUCCGAAAGCCGCAGUGCGAUCCACGCAACAAUGGUCUACAUAACUUCCUGGGACGAGUUCGUCGAGCGAUCCGUCCAGCUUUUCCGCGCCGAUCCCGAAUCUACUCGAUACGUGAUGAAGUACCGGCAUUGCGAGGGGAAAUUGGUUCUUAAGGUUACUGAUAAUAAAGAGUGUCUGAAAUUCAAAACAGACCAGGCGCAAGACGCUAAGAAGAUGGAGAAACUCAACAACAUAUUCUUCACUUUGAUGUCCCGAGGUCCUGAAGCGGAUCCAUCAGAAGUUACUGGGAAAGACCAGAUGGACGCACAGCCGACCAAGAAAGGACGGGGAAGAAAACAAUAGUUGAGUCGGCGUAAUUAGGUUGUUUUUAGGACUGAUCUUACAGGGAACCAUGGACUCCUAGUUAUGUUUCAAGAGUUAAAUAACGGACCCAUUUAUAAGUUCGUAACUGCCCUCAACUGUGAUGAAGAUUCUGAGAUGAGACUGGCUGGUCGAUUGGCGUAUUGCAACCAAUCGAUCAGCCACUCGCAUCCCGUAAGAUUAGUCUUGGGGAAGUUCUCAUAAGAGAGUUGUUCUUAUUUGGUCAUGCCCAAGUAUGGGCUUUCUUUGAUUUUCUUCUUGAACGUCUGCAUUCGAUUAUUCACAGUGGUAGAAAAGGCCGCAUCCGAUCCUGUUUGAUCAAAUGAGAUCCAACGGGGUUUACAAAUCCCCCAAAACAUGUCUAACCCGUUAAAAAGUUCAAGCGGUUAAGAGCAUUUACAUCUGUAUUAGAAGUCCUAAGUACAAUUCUUCAUUUGUUGUAAUCGCUUGUAUAAAAAAUGAAGCUAGGCAAAGCUUUAUUUGAGAGGACGCAUGCUAAUAUUUCAUGGCUGCCCUCUAAAACAUGGGAACUGGGUGGAGCUCUAGAUUGUAGAGCAAAGACAAGUUAAUGUGAUUUCCCCUUUGCCAAUCUAA